UCGCUUGGAAUGGUGGCAUGUGUACCGACAUAGUGGACAAGUUUGGACCGUUUAUUAAGAAGGUACGCUAUAACACGAUCAAAUAUUAAAUAAUCAGUCGAAAUGCACACCGAUAAGUAUUAUGUCCCCAGGAAGCAGUCACGCCUUACCUUGUUAUCGAUGAUCAUAAUUCUGACUCUGCAAAAUCCUCCGGCAGCAGAAUGCUUGGUCGAUGACUUUGAAAGCGAAUGUAGCGAGCCCGCGGCUACCCAAACAAAACAAGUACAACCCAGUGAACCCACCGUGACCUUUCCGUUCCGCACGGAUGGACUCACCAGAGCAGAGUUUUGUAUUCGAUUCGCUAAGGAGACAAGCUGCAGCCAAGUUAUGUUUGGUUCAACUUACAAAUUCGACAACUGUUACAACGCAUCCGAUAGUGAAAUUCGAGCGCAUCCUUGGGGACACUUCAUUGAGAAGACCUACAUUGAUUUCAAUUGUCCUAGUCAAGGGCGGGAGCAUAUGACAGCAAUAACGAAAGCCAUCAGUGGAAUUAGCCCAACACGAGCACUGACGAUCGCCCUUUACGACAAAGCCGAUGAGAGAUGGCUGGCUAUUCAUAGUGACGUCAUCGAACCGGUGCGAAACCAAGUAAUUCAGCUGUCCGCUCUUUUCUGCGAAUCACAAAACAUCACGGCGAAAGUGCACGCCAUGGGAAUGCUGCCAAACGUUUUACGUUUCCAGCUGGGUUUUUAUUGUCACGGUUUGAUAAUCAGAAAGGCCGACUUCUCGCGGAUGCCGCAAGUGCGUGUCAUUCAGUUUAUCUCAUCAACUACGAUCGCCGAAAUGGAGCCAUACACCUUCACCGAUCUGAAUAAUCUGCAGAUUCUCACCCUGGAAGCCCAAAUUGCUAAUGACAUGUAUUCACGCGCCGAGAACGAUCACGGCUACGCCCGGGGUAGCUUACCCGAUCACGUGUUCCAGCACACUCGCCGGCUGCACUGUGACUGCUCAUUCGCCUGGUUCCGAAAUUUUUUGAAAAAGAAACCGUACUUGACGGCGGCGAUGAAAGAAGGUGAACUUAUGACGGUAGGCAGUUUUAAGCUGCCUGAGAGCGACAUUCGGGCUCCUGGGAGUUCCGCUAAUGUGACGGCACUCACACCUGAAGAGUUGGGCCGUUUUAGCGUCAGUAUGCUCGUCAUCAAAAAUGAAUGGUCGCCGGUUCUUAGUGUUAACUGCGCUCAACCUUUUGACUGGAGAAACACUCAGGCCGGAAAUCAGUUUUCCUACAAUACUUCUUGCUACAACAUGGCUUGCUGACGAUGGCACAUACAGUAAAUCAAACUACAUAUAUGGGAAACUCAUAAUACCUCAUAAAUUAAACUGGUCAAAAAUUACUAGCCGAUAAUUGUUUUUGUUAGCGCUGUCUAAAGCCGGAAAUAAAUGCAGCAACGUGUGCACGGUGUGUCUGGUUCUGAA